CGUAUAUAAACACUGACUGCCCGCCCGUACCGUUCAGUUUCCCAUCCUCAACUCAAGUCAUCCAAGAUCACUCCACUGUCUGUCGUUUAAGGUCACUUACUACCAUCUCUAAUACUUAAUUCAAAAUGAAGACUGCAUUCGCCAUCAUCGCCGCUGCGGCUCUCACUGCUGCCAGCCCAGUCAAGCGUGCUGCCAUCACUGACGCUGACAUCCUCAACUACGCCUUGACUCUGGAGCACCUUGAGGACACCUUCUACCGCGAGGGUCUUCAGAAGUACACCGAGGCUGACUUCGCUGCCGCCGGUUUCGACUCCACCUUCUACACCAACCUCAAGGAGGUCUCCUACGAUGAGGCUACUCACGUCUCCUUCCUGACCAGCGCCCUGUCCGCCGCUGGUGCCAGCCCCGUUGCUGCCUGCACAUACAACUUUGGCUACGACAGCGUUGAGACCUUCGUUGCCACUGCUGGUGUCCUUGAGGGUGUUGGUGUUUCCGCCUACCUCGGUGCCGCCGCCUCCAUCGUCGACAAGACUUACCUUACCGCUGCUGGGUCUGUCUUGACUGUCGAGUCUCGUCACUCCUCCUACCUUCGCGCUGCUCAAGAUCAGAGCCCCUUCCCCCAGGCGUUCGAUGCUCCUCUCACCUUCAACGAGGUCUACACCCUGGCAGCUCCCUUCAUCGUCUCCUGCCCAGAGAGCAACGCCCCUCUCCCAGUCAAGGCCUUCCCCAUGCUCGCUCUCAGCAGCACGGACGCCCUGAAGACUGGCAGCACCGUCGAGUUCACUGCCUCAGGCUACUCAGUCACCGGCGAUGUUCCUCUCUACGCUGCAUGGAUUGCCGUCACUGGCCCAACUUUCGCCCCCGUCACUGUCGGAUCUGACGGCAAGACCUUCUCUACCACCGUCCCAGAGGGCUUCCACGGCCAAAGCUACCUCGUCCUCACCACCUGCUCUGACAAGGUCACCGACGACACCACCACCGCUGGUCCUCUCCUCGUCGAGAUCACCGGCACCCAGGGCUCCCCGUAGAUGAUUCGUCAUACGCGGCAGUGGACAGUUGAUGGAGUGGCAAAGAACUUACUAACUCGAAUCUGAUACCCUUCUUCCCCUCGUCGCGCCAGCAUACAUCACCAGCAUUGUUGGGCGUU